GGAUGAUGUUAUAAUUCAACGUUAGAUCAAGUUUGAUCAACGUCCCCCUGCUGGCCCAAUUGGAUGAUCCUUAUUCACAAUAAAAUCCGCUUCUCGCUCCACCAUCUUUGAGAUAAGUCUUUGCCUUUUCCCCUCUCAACAGCAUAAGAUUCGCUUUGCUGCAGUUCCGCUCGCAUCUUAACGUACCUGUAGUAUAUCAUUGGUAGUACACAGUGAGAGCUGCUUACACGUCUGGCGGAUUUUCUGCGCGCAUAGGUUUGUGUACAUGGUUUUCCUAUAUCAGAUUCGUUUGAGGAGUUAAAUUCAGAGCCCGGAGAAAAUGAGGCAUCGCGUAAUAGCCAUUGUCCUUUUUUUGUUGUGGCUUUUUGGGAAAUCGCAUGGAGCGUUUCCAAACCAGAUAAAUAUAGGUGGUCUCUUUAUGCGCUCCACAGUGCAGGAGCACAGCGCUUUCAGAUUCGCUGUCCAGCUGUAUAAUACCAAUCAAAAUGUGACGGAAAAACCUUUCCAUCUCAAUUACAAUGUAGACAAUCUCGAAUCCUCGAACAGCUUCUCCGUCACACAUGCUUUCUGCUCCCAGUUCUCCAGAGGAGUGUAUGCCAUCUUCGGCUUCUACGACCAGAAGUCCAUGAACACGCUGACCUCGUUCUGUGGGGCUCUGCACACCUCCUUCAUCACACCCAGCUUCCCCGCCGAUGCCGACGUGCAGUUUGUCAUCCAGAUGAGGCCUCCUCUACGGGGAGCUGUCCUCAGCCUGCUGGCCCACUACAAGUGGGAGAAGUUUGUCUACCUCUAUGACACCGAGAGGGGUUUCUCUAUCCUCCAGGCCAUCAUGGAGUCAGCGGUGGCCAAUAACUGGCAGGUUACGGCCCGGUCGGUGGGCAGCAUAGUGGACCCUACAGAGUACAAACGCAUCAUAGAGGAGAUGGACCGUAGGCAGGAGAAACGCUUCCUCAUCGACUGUGAAGUGGGAAGAAUCAAUGCCAUCCUGGACCAGGUAGUAACCCUGGGGAAGAACAGCAGAGGCUACCACUACAUCCUGGCUAACCUGGUUUCACUGCAGGGCUUCGCUAACAUGACCCUGGACAAGGUGUUUGCUGGAGGAGCCAAUAUAACAGGCUUCCAGAUCAUCAACCCAGAGAACCCAAUAGUUAUACAAUUCCUCCAGCGCUGGGAACGCCUGGACGAGAGGGAGUUUCCUGAGGCUAAGGGGACUCCACUGAAGUACACGUCAGCGCUGACCCAUGACGCCGUCCUGGUCCUGGCAGAGGCCUUCCGGUACCUGCGGAGGCAGAGGGUGGAUGUGUCCCGAAGGGGGAGCGCUGGGGACUGCCUGGCCAACCCAGCCGUACCUUGGAGCCAAGGCAUUGACAUAGAGAGAGCACUCAAAAUGGUCCAGGUACAAGGUAUGACGGGGAAUAUCCAGUUUGACUCGUUCGGUCGGAGAGCCAACUACAGCGUCGAUGUGUAUGAGAUGAAACUAGGGGGCCCCAAGAAGACCGGGUACUGGAAUGAAUACGAAAAAUAUGUAUUUAUUGUGGAUGCGCAGGUCACCAACGAGUCCUCUUCUGUGGAAAACCGAACGAUUGUGGUCACUACUAUUAUGGAGUCUCCUUAUGUGAUGUACAAGCGAAACUACUUGUCGCUGGAGGGGAAUGACAGAUAUGAAGGCUACUGUGUCGAUUUAGCUGCUGAAAUUGCAAAACAUGUGGGGAUAAGAUACAAACUGUCAGUAGUUGCUGACGGGAAGUAUGGUGCAAGGGAUCCAGAGACCAAGACGUGGAACGGGAUGGUGGGUGAACUGGUAUAUGGGAGAGCCGAUAUAGCAGUGGCUCCUCUAACUAUAACAUUGGUACGAGAGGAGGUGAUAGACUUCUCUAAGCCUUUUAUGAGCCUGGGGAUCUCCAUUAUGAUAAAGAAGCCUCAAAAGUCAAAGCCGGGCGUGUUCUCCUUCCUGGACCCGCUGGCCUAUGAGAUCUGGAUGUGUAUAGUGUUUGCCUAUAUCGGCGUGAGCGUGGUGCUCUUCCUGGUCAGCCGCUUCAGCCCCUAUGAGUGGCAUCUGGACGAAAACGACGAGGCCAAAGACCCCCAGAGCCCUCCAGACCCACCAAACGACUUUGGGAUUUUUAAUAGCCUGUGGUUCUCCCUGGGCGCCUUCAUGCAGCAAGGAUGCGAUAUCUCGCCAAGGUCUCUGUCGGGCAGAAUCGUGGGGGGUGUUUGGUGGUUCUUUACCCUCAUCAUCAUCUCCUCCUACACGGCCAACCUGGCUGCCUUCCUCACAGUGGAGAGGAUGGUGUCUCCCAUAGAGAGUGCUGAGGACCUGGCCAAGCAGACAGAGAUUGCCUACGGGACCCUAGACUCAGGCUCCACUAAGGAGUUCUUUAGGCGCUCCAAAAUAGCAGUUUAUGAAAAAAUGUGGUCUUACAUGAAAUCAGCUGAACCGUCAGUGUUCGCCAAGACAACACCAGAAGGGGUUGCCCGAGUGCGAAAGUCAAAAGGCAAAUUCGCCUUUCUUCUUGAAUCCACAAUGAACGAGUACAUUGAGCAGCGGAAACCUUGUGACACCAUGAAAGUGGGCGGCAACCUCGACUCUAAAGGAUACGGUGUGGCCACACCUAAAGGCUCAGCAUUAAGAACUCCUGUAAACCUUGCCGUAUUGAAACUCAGUGAACAAGGCAUCUUAGACAAGCUGAAAAACAAAUGGUGGUACGAUAAGGGUGAAUGUGGAACCAAGGACUCUGGAAGUAAGGUCAGUCGCUGCAGGUCUUUUUAUACUGCAUUUUGACCUAACUGUUCAUAUGCAAAUACGUAAACACCAUACAUUUUCAAAACCACAUAUUUUUUCUUCAAUUUUUAUUUAUUUUUGUUUUCCGUUUCAUAGAAUGCAAGUGAGAACAGUCUAAACAAUAUCCAUCCCACAGUUUGCCUUACACAUACUUCAUCAUCCACAAUACUGUCCACAUUAUUGGUGUUUACAUUACUAUUAUAAAAAUGAUAAUGAUUAUUCCUAAGAUCUCAUCACAUAGUUUAGACAUACAGUAUGUAUUGGUAGUUGAAAAGGUGCAGCAUGCCUUGGAAAAAUGUAAGAUUACAUAUGUAUUCAUACUUACCAUAGACAAAUGACAACCAUUGAAUUGUAACCAUUAUGCUGCAUUUUUGUUAACCAAACUUUUAUUGAAACAUUGUUUAUUAGUGUCCUUACUUAUGUGCGUGCUAAUUGAGUAUAUUGAAUCUAUUAACAUUAUGCAGUUUGACUUCAAGCUUCCUUACUCUGACAAACUACAAACUAACUUUCAAACUCCAGAUGGUCAUCCAGUGGUCAGAUGGAAUCUGAAGGUCAUGUUUGAACUGUGGAAUGUCACAAUAAGGAGAUUUUGUUUGCACAUUUCAUGAAGUUAAAGGAUCUAAUAUAAACCAGUUAUUUAACCCUCUGAGAUAGUCAUCGGACAGGACACACUGGCCCUGUAGCCAACAUCAGGGCUCCCCUAUGAUAGUCUACAAAACACACUUUAAAGGACACACAUGCCCUGUAGCCAACAUCAGGGCUCCCCUAUGAUAGUCUACAAAACACACUUUAAAGGACACACAUGCCCUGUAGCCAACAUCAGGGCUCCCCUAUGAUAGUCUACAAAACACACUUUAAAGGACACACUAACAGGGUUCAAAUGCAAAUGGUAAAACUCUUAUAAAUCAAUUUCAAGAUCUAAGUUUGGAUGUUAGUAGCAGGAAAAUGGUUCAAUUCACAAUUCCUAUAACUUGCCACUUUGAUUGAAAUUGUGAGAUACAGUCAGAUAAUGGUACGUUUGAAAAACUACAGUAUCAUAGUGAAGUCAGGGCCUAUCAACAGUUUUUCGACCUGUACGACAUUGACCACCUUCCUUUAGGGUGGCCUCGUAAAUGAGCUACAGAGUAGGGUAUAAGGAACCUUUUUCUCGACAUUCGCCAAUCCAGCUAAUGUUAUAAAUUACCUGCAGAGUUGAACCACCUCUCCUGCUAUUGUUGAGGAUUGACUGACCUACCAGACAGUCCCAAGUUGCUCCCAGCUUUCCACUGUUGUAGGGAAGUCAUUCAGCAGGUCAGCCUCUGCCGUUUAUCUCAGUACUACCCCACAGUAAGCAUGUCUCCAUUGGAUUCACUGCCUACACAGUUGAUAGAACCAUACAGAGUUGUUAGGGUAAUCCAUUAGAUCACUAGGCUGUGUUUACACAGGCAGCCCCAUUCUUAUAUUUUUUUCCAAUCACACCAGAGAUUUUCACGUCAGCUCUUUUUCAGCUCUGAUCUGAUUGUUCGAAAGGCCAAUUAGUGAAACGAUCAGAAUUGGGCUACCUGUGUAAACACAGACUAAUAGCGGGGGUGCCGUUUACAUUAGUGCUGGAUUUGAGCCAGAAGCCUCUUUGGGAGAUUUUGCCUGUCUUGUUAGAUCAGGUCACAACCAAAAUGUCUGUAAAAAAUUCUUAACAUUGUUCUUUAACUUCCCCAGGACAAGACAAGUGCUCUAAGCCUGAGCAAUGUGGCGGGAGUCUUCUAUAUUCUGGUUGGAGGGCUAGGGCUGGCUAUGACCGUGGCUUUGAUAGAGUUCUGUUAUAAGUCACGGGCAGAAACCAAAAGACUGAAACUGGCUAAG